GUUACCAUGGCAAAUACGACCAAAACCGGUGUGACAUGUUCAUGUAUGGUGCGUUGCACGUAUGCCACAUUCGUAUUUCAGGAAAACAAGUGCUUCCAGAUGUGAGAGCGAAAGAAGAAAUGCUGGAAUGGAGCUUGAUCAUUUCUGAAAGGAAAAAUAAUCUCUUUCUUCCCCCACCUCUCUCUCUUUCUCCCUCCCUCCUUUCCUUGCUCUCUCUCUCUCUCUCUCUCUCUCUCUUUCAGUCCCAGCCCCUGAAGGUGUCAUAACCAUGCUCUCUCUUUCUCUCUCUCUAUCACCGCCUUUCAGAUAUUUAAAAGCUGCUGCUCUGUGUGUUUCUCAGGAUCGUGUCCUCUGGCACUCAAGCUGAUCGGAGCACUCGAGCAAAAGCUGCGAAAGAGAAACGGCGCUCCAGAAAUAGCAUCGGCCAGGAGCACGUAUGAUCGGCGGAGGAGCACAGAAGAUGCCUUUGCUCUUGAACUUGACAGCCGUUGUCCUGUUGCUCUUCACUCACUGUGGAUCCUGGACUCUGGCCACCCGCCUGAGUCACCACAAGAUCUGCCCAUCCUGCAAAGACUCCCGAGCUUCCCGGGACCCCAUCGGGGCAGCCAACACAGCUGUCCUGGCGUUAGGGGAGCCAUGUGGGGUAUACACACUGAGCUGUGCCAAGGGCCUGCGUUGCAUGCCUCCACCCCGCGACCACAGCCCGCUCCAAGCGCUGCUGCAGGGCCGAGGCGUGUGCACCAAGCAGAUCAGGACGAGUCCCACCGAAAAACCCCAUACUGCAGGUCCGCAUCCUUCCCACAGCGGUGAAAUCGAAAAGGCGCCAUGCCGGAAGCUGCUGAACGCCGUGCUGCGUGGCCUCGAGCUCACCGUUUUUCAGUCCGACCGUGAUAUCUACAUCCCCAACUGCGACACUCGUGGCUUCUACAGAAAAAAGCAGUGUCGGUCCUCGAAAGGCAUGCAGCGCGGCCAUUGCUGGUGCGUCGACGAAUUAGGUGUUACCUCUCACGCCGGCGAGGACGCCGCUUUACCAUGCGACGGAGAGUGAGACGGGGCGCGAGGUGCCACACAUUCUGAGCCAGGAGGAAAAAGAGGUAGAGGAGGAGAGUUCUGUGAGGGAGGGAGGGCGAGAGGGAAAGAGAGAGAGAAAAAGAGAAAGGGACAGGAGGAGGACGAGCCACUCAUGCUAGACCCUGCCUGGCCAGGAGACACCAGGGGAAAACCACUCAACACACGAGGACACACACGCUCCUCGCCCAAACACUCCAUCCACACCACCGAAGGUUUCACAACACUGCCAUAGAACCAGUGCAUAAGCACAAAGCUGACACGAGACACUCCAUCGCUCCAAACAAGACCCUCCACCCUGGCCACAUAGUAGCAUCCAUUAUCUCUGUGAUAGCCAUCACUGCCUGUGUCUUCUGUAUCUCCAAGUAGGCCGUAAAAGCGGGCUUGGGGUGCCUUCUUUUUUUCUUCUCCACCUCCUCUGCUAUCCCCUCUCCCUCCCUCGGAAGAUACACUGACUAAAUUAACAUGUACAAAAGCAAAUUACGCCUUUCCUGUUUAAUUUAUUUCCGGAGUGUUAUCGUGUUUCCUUUGAAAUGUUAUAUUUCAUGUAACCGUGACCAUUGAUACAAGAGUACCGUACAUGCACACGAUCCGCUUCUGUUGUGACAGUCCGAGUGUUAAUACACACAUCAUUUGUACAUACUUUUUUUAUUUUUAUUUUUUUUGGUUGCCAUUGGGUGAUAUGUUCUUGAAAGCUAAUGACUAUUACUCUAUCUGAAAAGGCAUAUUUUUAUAUACUUCAAUAUAAUAUUUUAUAUAUAGAUUGAUGCUUUAUUUAAGGAACUACGAUACCAUGUAUUUUUAUAUUGUCAACAUCGUUGUUUUGUUGUUGUUGUUGUUGUUGUUGUUUCGUUUGGUUUCUGGUUGGUCAUUGUCAAGUUUAAAUUCAUGUUAAAUGAAAAACGACGAAAAAAAAGAAGAAAGAAAUUAAUAUUAUAAAUGGCACACUCUUCGGAUAUAUUGUACUACCAAACACGUUUUAGCAAUUAUUCGCUCGUUUGCUGAUUUGAAUCAUUCUGAAUUGGUAUACGGUCAUAAAAAAAAAAAAAAACGGACUCAAUGGAUAUCUAUUUUCUCACUCCAGACUGAAUAGAGGUAAAACCAAAAUGCUGUAAAAUAAAAGUGAACACAUUCUUCUCAUGUCGUAUCGUGUGAGUGUGUACGUUCCAGUGAUCGCAGGAGGCUCUGCAAAGCUGCAAAGUACAAGAACUUUAAGAAAAAUAAAGAACAAAAUGCUAUAUUACUAUUAUAA